AUGUUUGAGGAUAUUUACAAAUGGGGCAGGAGAUCAACAAUUGUUGACUACAAUUCAACACCGCCAACUUCUUUGGCACCCGGGUUCAGGUUUCAUCCAACGGACGAGGAGUUGGUGAGGUAUUAUUUGAGGAGGAAAGUUUGUGGGAUACCUUUCAGGUUUGAAGCUAUUAGUGAAAUUGAUGUCUACAAAUCUGAGCCAUGGGAUCUUGAUGAGCAUUCGUUGCUGAAGACGAGAGAUCUAGAGUGGUUCUUCUUUAGCCCUGUGGAUAAGAAGUAUGGGUAUGGAUCCCGCCUCAAUUGCACCACUGGGCGAGGGUACUGGAAGGCGACCGGGAAGGACCGCCCAGUGAAACAUAAGAACGAGUCCAUUGGAAUGAAGAAUACGCUCAUUUUCCACAGCGGACGCGCCCAUGAUGGAAAGCGGACUGAUUGGGUGAUGCACGAGUACCGGCUAUACGACACAGAACUCGGAAACGCCGGCGCUCUACAGGAUGCAUUUGUGCUCUGUAAAAUCUUCCACAAGAGUGGCGCCGGACCACCUAAUGGGGACCGAUAUGCCCCGUUUAUCGAAGAGGAAUGGGAUGAGGACGCCCCGCUUGUGGUCCCCGCAGAAGAUGUGCGCGAAGAUUGCACAAACACCGAACAGGAUGUGCAGCCUCUCGUAGCCCCGGCCGAUACCUCCAGCGUCCCUCUCCAGCUGUCGAAGAGGGAUCCUGCACCCGAACUGGAGCACCUCUCGCUGGACAACGUCGAGAGACCGAAGCGCGAUGAUCCAAACUUCAGCAUCGCCAACGGAUCCGAGGACUCCACCUCGACAAUGAUGAUGACGAAAACCAACUCCCCGCCUGUAGAGAUCCCCCUUCUAGAGACCCUAGGCGCGAAAGACAACCUCCCGGGCAGCACGACCACGUUUAACUCGGCGGAACUGGAAAAAUCCGUCCCUCCCGGCUACCUCAAGUUCAUCGGCAACUUGGAGAACGAGAUCAUCGACAUCUCAACAGACAGGGAGAGGCUGAAGAUUGAAUUGAUGCGAGCGCAAGCUAUGAUCGACAUUCUUCAAUCUCGGGUUGAGGCCUUGACCAAGGAAAACGCAGAGCGUGAAAGACGUGAAUAG